AUGCAGGACUUCCUCGCCGCAGAGACUGGCGCACUCAGCGACUCACUGCGAGACGCAGAGACUGAACUCGCCAGGGUCAAUGCAGAUCUAGAACGAAGGCGCGCGGAGUGUCGUCAGUUGGUGCGCAUGUGCGAGCAGCGCCGCCAGGAGACGCUGGCGGCGGCGGCGCGCGGCCGCGGCGGCGCGCGGGCCCUCGCCGCACUCGACGCGCUCGGGCACCGCCUGGCACGCCUCACGCGCGCCGUGCGCCUCGCAUACACGCUGCCGCCCGACCAGGAGCCCACCGUCUACCACAACGAACUAUACAGUCGCAGCGACAGCGGCGAGGCGCUGUCUCCCGAGGAGGAGGCGGCGGGCGGCGGCGGCGGCGGCGGCGGCGGCCUGCUGGCCAACGUGGCGCGCGCCCUGCGCCACGCCGCGCCCGCGCCGCGGGACGAUGACCGCUCGCAUAUGUCUGACGAGAAUGACAACUCCGCCGACUUACUCGACUCCGAGACCGAGCCGUGCCUUGUUACUGAUCCUGAAUGUGCUGAAGAAUGGUGGUCAGGCGCAGAGGGUGCCGGUGCGUGGAGCGGUGACGAGUUGUCACCUGAGAGAGAUUUUUAUGCCGCCGCCGCCGCCGCCGGGGACCCGCACGCAGAGAGACUCGCCGCCGUACUACGAGAGAAAAUUGACAUCACAGAAAAGAACGUAGCAGAUGUAGUUGUGAAAAAGCUAGCCGAGUUGGACGCCAGUAAGAAUAUGAUGGACCAGUACAGGCAGUCCGUUGAUCCGCUCAAGAAGCAUCUGGUACAAGCCGAUGAGGAGGAUGAUAUAGAAGCCCUUGAGGAGGAGCUGUCUGCGUGCAGUGAGAGCGAGCGGCGCGCGCUGUACGUGUCGCUGGACGCGGCGCUGAGUGCGCUGGGCGCCGCGCCCGCGCGCUGCCCGCGCCUGGCCGCGCAGCGCGCGCGCCUCGAGCGCCUCGCCUUCGCCCUGGCCGCGCCCCCGCGCCCCCGCCCGACGCGGCGCCCGCCGCGCCCCCCGCGCCCCCGACUACGCUGGCGCCCCUGCAGAGCACAGCAUAACGCGCACACACCUCGCAUUGCUCAAUUACACGCAGAGUCGACUGACAUGCCAUUAAUCCCAUAUAGGAUAUUAGCUGUUAGUGUCAGGCUCUGA